GAGAGAGAUGGAGAGUAUAGAUUACUUGGCUGAAGAGAGGAAGAAAGCUGAGUUCAAUGUUGAUGAGAUGAAAAUUGUUUGGGCUGGUUCUCGCCGUGCUUUUGAAGUUUCAGAUUAUAUCUCCAAGCUUGUUGCUGAUGAUCCUGGCUUCAGUAAGGAGGAAAGGACAAUGCUUCCCAGGAAAGAACUAUUUAAGAACACUCUAAGGAAGUCAGCAUACUCAUGGAAACACAUCAUUGAUCAUCAGCUUUCUGAAGAAGAAGCAGAAAGGUUAAGAUAUUUUGUGGAUGAGCCUGCUUUUAUUGAUUCUCAUUUGGGAGUGUUUAUACCCGCUAUAAAAGGACAGGGCACAAAGGAACAACUAAAAAAGUGGUUGCCGUUGGCAUACAAGAUGCAAAUUAUUGGCUGCUAUGCUCAAACUGAACUUGGACAUGGGUCCAAUGUGCAAGGCCUUGAAACCACUGCCACAUUUGAUCCCCGAACAGAUGAAUUUGUCAUUCAUAGUCCAACACUGACAUCAAGCAAGUGGUGGCCUGGUGGAUUGGGUAAAGUCUCUACCCAUGCGAUUGUGUAUGCUCGUCUUAUAACAGAUGGUAAAGAUCAUGGGAUUAACGGUUUUAUUGUCCAACUACGGAGCUUGGAGGAUCACAAACCUCUUCCAGGCAUUACUGUCGGAGAUAUUGGAACAAAAUUUGGAAACGGGGCAUACAAUACCAUGGAUAAUGGAGUACUAAGAUUUGAUCACGUGCGUAUUCCAAGAGAUCAAAUGCUGAUGAGGGUUGCGCAAGUUACCAAGGACGGAAUAUAUGUCCAAUCUGAUGUUCCUCGACAACUUCUCUAUGAGUCCAUGGUAUAUACUCGUCAAGCACUUGUAACAUAUGCUUCUGGUGCUUUGUCUUGGGCAGUGUGUAUUGCAACGAGAUAUAGUGCUGUUCGUAGACAAUUUGGUUCUCAAAAUGGUGGACAAGAAAUUCAGGUGAUUGACUACAAAACUCAGCAAAGCAGGCUAUUCCCCCUGUUAGCUUCUGCAUAUGCCUUCAGAUUUGUUGGUGAGUGGCUGAAAUGGUUUUACACUGAUGUAACUCAAAGACUGCAAGCAAAUGAUUUCUCAACGCUGCCUGAGUUGCACGCAACUACAGCAGGAAUAAAGUCUUUGACAACCACUGCCACUGCUGAUGGAAUUGAAGAAUGCCGGAAGUUGUGUGGAGGUCAUGGUUAUCUUUGUAGCAGUGGACUUCCAGAAUUAUAUGCUGUUUAUGUCCCUGCCUGUACAUUUGAAGGAGAUAACGUCGUGCUACUACUUCAGGUUGCAAGGUUUCUUAUGAAAACUGUUUCACAGCUGAGCUCCGGAAAGAAGCCAACGGGUACCAUAGCUUAUAUGGGGAAAAUUGAACACUUGAUGCAAUGCCGUUCUGAUGUGGAACAAGCCAAGGACUGGCUGAAACCUAGUGCAAUAUUGGAAGCAUUUGAAGCAAGGGCUACCAGGAUGUCUGUUGCCUGUGCUCAGAGUCUUAGCAAGUUUGAUAAUCCAGAAGAAGGCUUCCAAGAACUUGCACCUGAUUUAGUUGAAGCAGCACUAGCUCAUUGUCAGUUGAUUGUUGUCUCCAAGUUUAUCGAAAAGCUGCAACAAGACAUUCCAGGGGAAGGCAUUAAGCAACAGCUGGAGGUGCUUUGUUGCAUCUAUGCACUCUUCCUACUUCACAAACAUCACGGAGAUUUCCUCGUGACUGGCUACAUCACCUCAAAGCAGGGGUUAUUUGCUAAUGAGCAGCUCAGGGCCUUGUAUACUCAGGUUCGUCCAAAUGCUGUAUCGUUGGCUGAUGCAUUUAACCAUACCGAUCAUUUCCUUGGUUCAAUUCUUGGACGUUAUGAUGGAAAUGUGUACCCAAAACUGUAUGAGGCUGCGUGGAAGGAUCCUCUCAACGAAUCAGAUGUACCCGAUGGCUUCGAUGAAUAUAUCAGGCCACUACUCAAGCAGCAACUGCAGACUGCUAGAUUGUGA